AUGAAAUUGAAAUCAUCGUCAUCCUCAUCAAUCUUUCACUUUCAGAAAUACUUUCGUGAUCAAGUUUAUUUAAUGUGUUUACAAAAAUUUAAAGAAUUUUCGUUAACAAUAGUUGAUGAUGUUGAUUAUCUUGAUGCAAAAGUAUACAUUUAAGCAAAUCAUAAAGUCGACCCACAUCAAUGGUUAACAAUUGAUAUAGAUAACUAUCGUUUUUCUUGUAAUGAUCAACAAAAAUGUAAUGCGUAUGAUACAGUUAAAUUAGGAACGUACAAUUUAUUAAUUGGUCAAACCAAUUAUUGUCCUGGUCUAUCUGGUUUACUUGAUAAAGUUGAUCCAACUAAUAAAAUGAUUGAAAUUUAUGGAAUGUGUAAAACAACUAUUAAUAAAAAUUAUCAAAUUCAAGAUUUACAAGUUUUUUAUGAUCCAAAUCAAUUAUUCACACAAUUAAUAGAAAUCAGUUCUUUUGCACCAUUUGCUCGAUUAAAUUUUCAAGCAUCUUCUCAAAGCAAGCUUAGUAAUCAAAAUGGUAAAAUGCCCAUACACAAAGAAAAACAACAAUCAAUUAUUUGUACUAUUUUGUGA